AUGCUGGUGGAGAUCGUGCCUCCGUUAAAGGGUGGAGAGUGCGGAGGGUCCCUUUUGUGGCAUCAUGACUGCGGCAUGGCCGGUGCAGCAGUGCCUGUCCUGUGCUGCAGCCUCCUCAGGCGGGAUGACCGGAGGAGGCGCAUGGUCGAGGCUCUCCGGGCCGCCAAGCUCACGGGGGAAUUCCUGGAUGCCGUGGAUGGCCGCGAGCUCCAGGCCUCUGCCGCUGCUGUGCCGAUCUACGGCGGAUGGGACUGGUCCAACGACGACUGGGACCAGGAGAUGGAGCCUACUCAGGAGAACCAGCUGCGAGACCGCGGCUGGGCGCAGCCAUCUCUUCCGGUGCCGGUACUCAGGCGCUUGGCUCCUUUCUACAACCGGCCGAUGCGCUGGGGCGAGGUCGCCUGUGCACUGACGCAUCGAAGAGCUUGGCUUCGGGCGCUCGAGAUGGGGCCCGGCCCGACCUUGAUUCUGGAAGACGACGCGCUGCCGGCGGCGCGAGCCGGACCGUUGUUGUCGGAGGUUCUCGGCGAGCUCCCGGAGGAGUGGGACGUUUGCUUCCUCGCGCCCACAGAACUCCUUGGCGGCGACAUGGAAGGCCUGGUCUCGCGCGUGUCGGCGAUGUGCUAUGGGACAAACGCCUACCUCUGCUCCCAACAGGGUGCGGCACGCCUUCUCCGCGCCACGGAGGGAAAGGACAUCAUCCCUGUCGACGAGCUGAUGCCAGCCCUGGCACUUCCGAAUGGCCACCCGCGCCGCGAUGUGGCGGCGCUGCUGGCCGGCGCACCGAGACUCCGACUCUAUCGUCUGAGGCCUGGCACGAACCUCAUCCUACCUGCGAUGCAGAGCUGGGACAGUGACACUGAAGUGUCCCUUCCCAUCACGGCCGAAACCUCCAACGCCCGGCCCGCCUGCGGAAUCUGUGGCGGGAGGCAGGCUGCCGACCAUCCGCCGGGCGAGGCCUGUAUCGUGGUCCGGGGCAUAUCCUCCGACCCACUGCUGGCUGCAAUGCGUCGGAAAGGCUUUUGCACGAUGCCACCAUUGCAUCCUGAGCUGCCGUACCAGGUCUCAAGUGAGGUCGACGCGAUCAGUGCUGCAGUCCGCGCCGGGCGUGCAGAGCAGGCCACGGAGUGGCUGGCGCCCAUCCACGAAGCACGGCUCCGACACGACGUCAAGCUGCCCCUGACUGCUGCUGUAGUGCAGCUUCUGAACUCCGUGAUCCAAGAAUAUGGCUGGCUGUUCCGAGCAUUUGUCGGGGACACCGCGAGGCUCAUCGAACUGGGCGCUAUCGUCGCUUUCCCAGGUGCUCCCCCACAGCCUUGGCAUUCGGACGUGGACUUCGACGACGAAGAGCGUGCUGAAAUCAUACAGGCUUUCGUCGCCCUCCAGGAUAUCUCAGAGACACAUGGGCCGACACAGGUGCUGGUAGGCUCCCACACGCGCAGCUUCCACCGCUCGUGGCCUGAGGCCAGACCGGACCCGGAUGAGCUUGAGAGGGAGUCGUUGACGCUGGAAGCGGGGGCAUUGGCAAUUAUGGCCGGCCAUGCGUACCACAGGGGUGCCGGGAACAUGUCUGCAGUGCCGCGCCGGCUGCUGCACUUUGCAUUUAUGUCCGCAGGUCCGGCUCCCGUUGGCUUCACCUACCACUUGGUAAACGAGUUGGUUCAGUCACCCGUCAUGCUGGAUCAGUUUCCUCUGGAUCUGGGGUUAUCGUGCAGCUUCCCGAAGCUCGAGGGCACCAGCUUUGCCACCAGGAUUCAGAUCCAAUGCACCUCCUCCUUGCCGAUCUUGCGGGAGCCCUGUCGCGCUUCGAGCGUCGAUGCGGAUGGAGACUUGGACCUUAGCCCGGCGCCGUCGGAAACAUCACCUCGCAUUUGCGUGGAGAUGGAGAUCAGGCUGCGCCACCCUGGUGGGACCUGGCAGACGUCAGAUGUCGAAACUUCAACUACACUGCCGGCUGGCCUGAGCCUUUGGGCUUGCGAUGUGCGCUUGGCCGACGUCCUCCUGGCAAGGCCAAAAUUGGCGAAAGGCCGGGUGGUCUUGGACCUGGGCUGUGGCUGUGCCUUGCCCUCGAUCGCCGCGGCUCGCGUCGCCAAGCACGUCUUCGCAGCGGACGCCGAGGACGCGGUGCUCCGAAACGCGGCUGUCAACCUGCGCCGGAAUGGAGCUGGUGCGGUGCUGUUGCGACACUGGCAAGGAGGUAGCCUUUCGGAGUUCAGCUGGCGUCGGAAGGACGUUCGCAAUCUCCGUCGUGUCGCGCUGCUUCUCUGCUCGGACCCGCUUCGCUCGGAGGGUUCGGCAGAGUGCUUCAUGCAGACCCUCCUGACGAUUUCGAGGUGGUUCCGAACGCCUGCGCGGUUUCAGCUUGGCAGAUGCUGGGGAGCCAAGCUGCUCAUGGCUGUAGAGCUCCGGCGUUACUUUUGCAUGGCCACACUGCGGGAAGAAGUUCUGGAGCUGCCCCGCUUCAUCGCGCUUUGCCGACGGAGGGGCUUCUCCUGCAGGCGCCUGGCUGCCGCUUCGUUGCCCACGCAUCUCGCGGUCCCGCGGCCACGCAAUGUGGCGAUCUUCUCUGUUCGGCUGGGCCGCUCUGCCAUCGCACAGAGGAAGCGGAGGAGAAGCAGGAGGGCAUAG